GACACUCUGAAAACCAGGACUCUGAAGAUCAGCAGCUCCAGAGGACAAACACACACACAAGAACAGAGAGAGAUACUGUAGACCGACUGCUAUCAGGGUCCACAGUAGGGUAUGAGAACGCUACAGCAUCAUGUGGUUUCUGAGAUGGAGGAGUGAGAGUUCGGCUGAAAACACACAAGGUUGUUCACUCCUCCAUCAUGUCCGUCUGCAUUUAUCGUGGCUUAGCUCCCCCCUCUCAGGCAAGGCGGGCGUGGCUUCGUGUUCUGGCUCCGCCUCCACAUCACUGGCCCCGCCCGUCGCUGCAGCAGCUGUUGGCCGUGUGUCUGCUGCUGCUGCUGCCACUGGCCGUCCAAUCACGGCGCGAGCGAGGCGGAGGGGGCGUGGCCCACUAUAUCCCAUCAUCAGUGGCUCAGUAUCCGCCCGUCUCCAAGCUGAUGCAGGGCCUGAGCAUCGCAGUGGUGCUGGUGGGGAACUCCAGUGAGGUGGCGCUCGCCGGCAUGCGUGACAAAGAUGACUUUGGCCACAUGCCGCUGGCGCCCAGUGUGGAGAUGGUCACCAUGAACGAGACAGACCCCAAGAGCAUCAUCAAGAGCAUCUGCGACCUGAUGAUGGAGCACUGGCUGCAGGGUGUGGUGUUCGGAGACGACACCGACCAGGAGGCCAUCGCACAGAUCCUGGACUUCAUCUCCGCGCAGACACACAUCCCCAUCCUGGGAGUGAAGGGAGGCUCCUCCAUGAUCAUGGCUGCUAAGGACGAUAACUCCAUGUUCUUUCAGUUCGGACCCUCCAUCGAGCAGCAGGCAUCCGUCAUGCUCAACAUCAUGGAGGAAUAUGACUGGUACAUCUUCUCCAUCGUCACCACAUACUACCCCGGUUACCAGGACUUUGUUACUAAGAUCCGCAGCACCAUCGAGAACAGUUUUGUGGGCUGGGAGCUGGAGGAGGUGCUGCUGCUGGACAUGUCUGUGGACGACGGAGACGCCAAGAUCCAGCAGAACCAGCUGAAGAAGCUGCAGAGCCCCGUCAUCCUGCUCUACUCCACCAAAGAGGAGGCCAACAUCAUCUUCCAGGUGGCACACUCCGUGGGGCUGACGGGCUACGGCUACACCUGGAUCGCCCCGUCUCUGGUGGCCGGAGACGCCGACCACAUCCCGACCGAGUUCCCCACAGGCAUGAUCUCGGUGUCGUACGACGAGUGGGAUUAUGGGCUGGAGGCGCGCGUGCGUGAUGGUGUAGCUGUGAUCGCAUCAGCCACCUCCACCAUGAUGAUGGACCGCGGGCCGGACACGCUCCUGAGGUCUGAGUGCCACGGGGCCCCUGACAGGAAGAGCCCCAUCACAGGAAACCACAACAACGAAGUGCUCAGGUAUCUGAUGAACGUGACCUUCGAGGGCCGGAAUCUCUCCUUCAGUGAGGACGGCUAUCAGAUGCACCCCAAACUGGUGAUCAUCCUGCUGAACAAGGACAGACAGUGGGACAGAGUGGGUAAGUGGGAGAAUGGCUCUCUGUCGAUGAAGUUUCACGUGUGGCCACGUUUCGAGCUCUACUCUGGGACUGAGAGCCGUGAAGAUGAUCAUCUGUCCAUCGUGACGCUGGAGGAGGCUCCGUUCGUGAUGGUGGAGGACGUGGAUCCACUCAGCGGCACCUGCAUGAGGAACACGGUUCCCUGCCGAAAGCAGCUCAAAUCACUGAAUCAGACGGGGGAUUCUGGCAUCUACAUCAAGCGCUGCUGUAAAGGCUUCUGUAUUGACAUCCUGAAGAAGAUUGCCAAGUCUGUGAAGUUCACCUACGACCUUUAUCUGGUCACCAACGGCAAACACGGCAAGAAGAUCAACGGCACGUGGAAUGGGAUGGUGGGAGAGGUGGUGCUGAAGAAUGCUCACAUGGCCGUCGGCUCGCUGACCAUCAAUGAGGAGAGGUCAGAGGUCAUCGAUUUCUCCGUGCCCUUCAUUGAGACAGGCAUAAGCGUCAUGGUCUCACGGAGCAACGGCACCGUGUCUCCAUCUGCGUUCCUCGAGCCAUUCAGUGCUGAUGUCUGGAUCAUGAUGUUCGUUAUGCUACUGCUGGUUUGUGCCAUUGCAGUGUUCGUGUUUGAAUACUUCAGUCCCGUUGGCUUCAAUCGCCGUCUCAUCGACGGCAGAGAGGCCGGAGGUCCAUCGUUCACCAUUGGAAAGGCCAUCUGGUUGCUCUGGGGUUUGGUCUUCAAUAAUUCUGUCCCAGUGCAAAACCCCAGAGGAACCACCAGCAAGAUUAUGGUGUCUGUUUGGGCCUUCUUUGCUGUGAUUUUCUUGGCCAGCUAUACUGCUAACCUGGCCGCAUUUAUGAUUCAGGAAGAGUACGUGGACCAGGUGUCAGGCCUCAGCGACAAAAAGUUUCAGAGACCCAAUGACUUCUCCCCACCAUUUCGCUUUGGGACAGUGCCAAAUGGCAGCACUGAGAGAAAUAUCCGCAAUAACUACAGAGAGAUGCACUCCUACAUGGUCAAAUUCCACCAGCGCAAUGUGGAUGAAGCUCUGUACAGUCUGAAAACAGGCAAGCUGGAUGCCUUCAUUUACGAUGCCGCCGUGCUGAAUUACAUGGCGGGCAGAGAUGAGGGCUGUAAGCUGGUAACCAUCGGCUCUGGAAAAGUGUUUGCUUCCACCGGCUAUGGCAUCGCCAUCCAGAAAGAAUCGGGUUGGAAGAGACAGGUGGACCUCGCAAUCCUCCAGCUCUUUGGAGACGGUGAUAUGGAGGAGUUUGAGGCUCUCUGGCUCACCGGGAUCUGCCACCAUGAAAAAAAUGAAGUGAUGAGCAGUCAGCUGGAUGUGGACAAUAUGGCGGGUGUGUUCUACAUGCUAGGUGCUGCCAUGGCUCUGUCUCUGAUCACCUUCAUCGCUGAACACGUCUUUUACUGGCACCUGCGUUUCUGCUUCAUUGGCGUGUUUUCUGGGAAACCAGGUUUCACCUUCACAAUCAGCAGGGAGAUAUAUAGCUGUAUUCAUGGAGUUGAAAUCGAAGAUAAGAGUUCAGCUCUGAAUUCACCCUCUGCUACCAUGAACAACACCCACUCGAAUAUUCUGCAUUUGCUGCGCACCGCCAAGAACAUGGCAUCUCUUUCCGGUGUCAACGGUUCCCCACACAGUGCACUCGACUUCAUCCGCCGAGAGUCCUCUGUGUAUGACAUCAACGAGCACUGCCGCAGCCUGGCCGGACACUCAGACUGCAAGGCCCCAUACCUGCUCGAGGACAACAUGUUCAGCGACUACAUCAGUGAGGUGGAGCGCACCUUUGGCAACCUAUACCUGAAGGACAGUAAUCUCUACCAGGACCACUACCUGCACCUCCAUGGAGGCUCAACCCUGGGACUGAUGGGCCCAUCCCAUAACCGGCCCCACAGCCUGGGCUCCAGCAGUUCUCUGGAGGGCGGCAUGUUUGACUGCGAUAGCCUGGGCGGUGGUGUGGCCCCUAUCUUUAGCACACAGCCGCGCUCUGCCCUGACCCACAGGAACAUGAGCAAAUUCGACCUGCUGCAGAGCAAGACUCCUCCAUCUGGGUUGAAGCAGGGACUGGCCGACCUGUAUGGAAAAUUCUCCUUCAAAGGUGGAGUGUCUAGUUCCGGAUAUAUUGCAGGGCACGACCAGUUUUGUGAUGGUGCAGAUGAUGGAAACAUCCGUUCUGAUGUGUCUGACAUUUCCACUCAUACUGUGACCUAUGGCAAUCUGGAGGGCAAUGCUAAGAAACGCAAGCAGUAUAGAGACAGCCUGAAGAAGCGGCCUGCAUCUGCAAAGUCCCGACGAGAACUCGACGAAAUCGAGCUGGGUUACCGCCGCCGCCAGCACCAUGGCCACCACCAUCAUCACCAUGGGCACCGCUCAGCUUCACCUCCAUCUGAGCACAAACAAGGUGGUGGUGUGAGCUCAACCUCAUAUCUGUUACAAGACAAGGAAAGCCUGAGGGAUUUUUACCUGGACCAGUUCCGGCCCAAAGAAGGCAUCCCGCAGUGGGAGCAUGUGGAUCUUACAGAUGGUCCCAGUGGGGGAGGAGGAGGCAACUGCACCAGCCUGGUGUCUGUGGAUGACUUCCUGAAGAGCGAACCCAAGAAGCCGGAAAGCAAGAGUGGGAGCAGUGAGUGGGAAUGUCGUAGUUGUCGUGCAAGCAGUGCGGGCAGCAAGCAGAUGGCCCUGCAUGGAGUUCUGCACAUGGGUGGGACAGGCUACAUUGGCAGUGGCUGUGUGGCAGCGGGUGCUGGAGGAGGUUUUGGGAGCAGCCGCCCCAGUUCAGCAACUUGUAUGAGGUGCGAAGCCUGCAAGAAGUCAGGCAACCUGUAUGACAUCAGCGAGGACAGUAACCACCUGUUGGAUCAACUGGGAAGCAGUAGGGGUCAGACACCAGUGCAACGCCGCAGGACCUUCAGCGGGAAACCGCUACUCCGGCAACAUUCCUACGACACUUUUGUGGACCUGCAGAGAGAAGAGUUAGGUGUGCCGCUGGGGUUCGGCGGCCCUGAGGCACUGCCACCACCACGCAGUGUGAGCCUCAAGGAGAGGGAGCGCUGCAUAGAUGCCUCUAGUCCCUUCGCACACAUAUUUGAGCAUCCUGGAGAUCGCAAGCAGGACACAGACCAUGACCCGCUGUUCUAUGGAGCUGCUGAGAGGGGCGUGGUAUCGCCAUUCGGGUUGUUCAGAGUGGGGGAGAAUACACCUCAUGGAGGCCUCAUGGAGGGGCCAGCUCACUCCUUAUCCAAAUCUCUCUAUCCUGACCGAACCGACCACAACCCCUUCAUCCCCACAUUUGGAGAUGACCAGUGUCUGCUGCAUGGUGCCAAGUCCUACUAUAUCACCAAGCAGCAGCAGCACAGCGACUUGCUCAGCACCAUGGGCAUGACCUCCUUCCUGCCGGCAUCAGCCACCUCCAGAGUCAUGUCUAACUUGGCUCCGCACUUUCCUGCAGAUUUGUGCAUGGGGAACCACCACACCAGCAAGCUCAGUCUCGGUCCACCUCGACCUUUUAACGACAACAAUGGACACAUGUAUGAGAAACUCUCUAGCAUAGAGUCUGACGUUUGAGAAAGAGCAAUGAGCAAGGUAAAGAACAGAGAAGCAUUCUGUUAGCCAGAUUUUAGCAGAAUACUCAGAACUUGAGAGAAUUGAAAAGGUCAUUUCCUGUCAAGUUCACAUAUACACCAAUGGGCUCAUCUUCACGAGCUGGUGAGAACAAAAGCACGUCCAUCUGUUGAGUGUGUGCACGAAAAAGAACAGGAGAGCAGAUGUCCCGUUUCACCUACAUCCCUUGCAUCACACCGGAACAGCCCUGUCCUGUACUCUUGUCUUUCGUGAAGAUACAAUCAUGAAAGCAUAAUAAAUGCUCAUAGAUUUUUUUUUCUUUUGAAACAGGGUAAUAACUGUACCUCAGAGAUGUAGUGAAGACACUGCUGACUGGUAAUCUGUUAUUGAAAUUGGGUUUAAUUUGUUUGAUGUUUUCCUGACCCUGCUCUGGAGGCCUUUGCUGAGCAUCAGGGAUAUUUAAAUGUGAUGAUCAAUCCACAUUCAACCUAAUGUAUCCAUGGCAACAGCCUCUCCCAUGCUGUUUACUGCCAUGAAACACGUGUGCAUUAGUGAAAGUGCACAAGCCUCUGCUGUGUUUUAUCCUGUCAUUUAUAUUCAAAUCUCUACUGCCAUGAUAUCUCAUAUCCAGCAAGAUAUCUUGUUGAUACACCUUUGGUUACACUCACGUCAUGUGACUCUUGCUUAGAAGUUGAAAAAUAAGGGGUUAAAAAGACAUUAUUGUCAUAUGUUUUGGUUGUAAAUAUAUUUCUCUUUAUAUAAGCCAUCAAGGUCAACCUUUAAUAUAGCUUUUUUCAAGUAUAACAAAUAACCAAAAUAAAGACUAAAACAAAACAAAAUGACAAAAACAUAAAAUAUGCCAAUUUUAGCAAAAGCAUUAUAACUCACGAUAAGUAAUAUUUUAAGCGAUAGUUUGAUUUUUAAAUACGUUUAUUACUUGAUUCUGAUAGUUUACUGCCUCCUAACCGGCUUAUUUUUAAGGAUUUACCUUUAUUUGUUUACCUGCAGUACAACAGAGCUGAGCAGUUCUGUCGUAGACAUGUUUAGUUUACUUGAUCGGUGUACCAAAUACUCUUUUCUAAGUUUAUCUUAAAUUGUGUUUAGACGUCUGGUCGCCGGCUGGAGUGGUCCAGGUUCUCUCUCUCUCUCUUUCUCUCUCUCUC